CACCUCCCCUCCCCUUCCCUUUCCACCUCCCCUCCUCUUCCUCUUCCAGGACCUUUCCUCACUCUCUCGAUCAGUCCACGGGGAGGAGGGUGGCCAUGGUGCAAGCCAUCGUCGCCGGUGGGAAGACACUGGACCAGCACCGGAGGAGGGUCGUCAAGGAGGAGGAGGCCGCGGCCGUGGCGAUGCCGAGAGUCCUUCGCGUCUCGUUCGAGGAUCGGGACGCCACCGACUCCUCCAGCGACGACUCGCCGCGGCAGGGACGCCGCUUCGUCGAGGAGAUCUGCAUCGAGCAGCCGGCGAGGAUGACGUCGUCGCCGCAGCCGCAGGCUUCUCCUUUCCGGAGAGGGGCCGUCCUCGGCGCCAAGAGGAGGGCCGACGCUGCGGAGGAACCCAAAUUUCGGGGGGUGCGACGCCGGCCGUGGGGGAAGUACGCGGCGGAGAUUCGCGACCCCAACAAGGGGGUGAGGGUGUGGCUCGGCACCUUCGACACCGCGGAGGAGGCUGCCAUGGUCUAUGAUAGCGCCGCCCUCCGGCUUCGUGGGCCAUCUGCAACAACGAAUUUUCCUACUUCGCCAUCCCCUUCCGCCGAUCCUGAUCUUGCUGUCUUGGCUGAUGCCGACGGUGAUGUUGGCCACCUCCUUGGGGCGGCCACAUAUGAGGAGUCCAGCGACGAAUCGCAAUUUGUCGGCUCGCCGGUCUCUGUCCUUAGGCCGCUUGAGGUGGUGGCGUCCACAGUCAAUGCCAGCAAACCUGACGAGUCUACCGUUUCCGGCGAUUUGAAGAUUUCGGUGGACACAUGCCGCAGAGGUGGCAACUACUCUCCGUUUUGUAACGUCGAUGUUCUCAUGCCGCCGGAGGACGAAGACUGCAUGUUUCCCGGUCUCUCAUUUGCUGCACCAUCGAUUUUCGACGAUGAUAUGAUAUCAUCACGCCUGGAGUGCUAUGCAGAUAAUGUUGAGUCGGUGAGUUUAUUGGACAUGGGUGAGCUUCCGGUGUGGCGAGAGGUAGAUGUCAUCUUUGAUGAUGCUUUUUCUGCCUAGUGAUCAAGAGUUGAUCACCUGUAUGUAUAGAUAAGAUCCAAUUCUUUAUUUCACAUUACAACUAUUUUAUAGUCUCAUUAUUCAGUAUAUGUAAAAGUCUAAAUAUUUUGGUGUCACGGUGGAUGAUGGCCAUUUCGUAAAGUCCAAUUGAGCAACUUGUCGAGUAUGCGGCAGACCAGUUUGGUCAAA